AAAUUUGGCCUGCCAUUGUGUGCUUUAUGAGGCUACUUUCAUUUGAUUGAUUCCGAAGCGAGGGAGCACAUUGUGCAGAAAAGCUGACUGCGACUUGAUCGAAGUCAUGGAGGACGAGAAAGAGGAGCCUCAAUCUGCCGUGACCAGUUUUACAGAGCGGUGGCGGAAGACCAAAGCUCACUGGAAUUCUUAUCCUUACGUCUGGGCUUCUUACUUCGUUGUAUUUGGGGGUCUCGGUGUAUAUUCAGCAUAUAGAUGGAAGGCACUGCGGAAGGUGGAGGAUGAAUUGCUGAGGUUUCAGGACAAGUUGAGGAACACCAUGACUAUGGAAGAACUCGAGCAAGCUGUCAAGGAUUCUCAAGCGGGAAAAUUUUAGCUCGUGAGGGCGCUUUGGGGGCAAAAUGCCUUUCAUGCUUGAAAAGAGGAUGGGUUCGCGAUCAAGUGGAAGGAGACAACGUAGAGUCUCGACUCAAUCUGGGACGUGAACUGGAGAGACUGCAUAUCAUCACUACAAAUUUUAAGGGAAGGCCAUUUCUCAGCACACAGCAGACGAGAUAUAAGACCGAAUGCGCGGCUGUGAUUCUUCGACCCUUAACUGCACAGUGCUACAACAGGCUCUUGAUGCCUUCUAAGCAGCACUAAGCAGUUACUGAAAUCUGUCCUGAACAGCUUCACAGCUUAUGUUAUCAAACCUUAAUAUUCUACCUUCGUUUACUCUGCAAGAGUCCAAGAAACCUCCAAUUAAUCAAACUUCCAAGGUUUGCACUCCCUUUUGUAUCACAUCUAACGGGAGAAGGUGGGACCAUGACUUUGAGUGAAGCGUAUUUCUUGCUUAGAGUCAACUAAACAGUAGAGAUUGUCCCGGGUUAUGUUCAAAGAUCGUCACUGUGCAAUCACCAAAUCUUAGAAAGGUCUUUAAAAAAUCGUGAAAGUAUUCACAAGAUAUCGUGACUUGUUUAUCGGUACUUGGGCUUCAAGUACACUAUCGUACUAAGCAUUCAUUACACUUCUGCUCGUGGUGAACGUUCUGCUUGAGGACUUCUGAAUUGGACAAGUUGCUUCAGUCCACCACAUAUUGUAAUGGAUAAAGUGAACUAAGAGACAGAAUCCUCAAUUGAUUGGGAGAUACACUUGGAGCCAAGCGAAAGCCAGGUGACCACCUCAACCGUCAAAAGAGUGGACUGUGUAGUGGAGACUUGGUUGAUGGACCAGAGCACUAGUGGAGGAUAAGCUAGCUGUCUCAAGACUUCCGCAUCUAGAUGGUUGGACGAUUUGCUCUUGUGACCACUACUCUAAUGCAAAGCUGCAUUUCAACACCUAGAAGCGGACAUGUAGAGGACAAUAAUGAGGUGCGGAAGGAGACCUACAAGCAGGAAUAGAGUGCUCGAUCUCUCCACGCACAUGUCUCAUGCAGUGAAGGCAGAAACCUCACAAUUAUAGCAUGAUGAACAAGAGUUGAAACCCAGAGCGAAACGGAACCCCAAGGACCCUUAAACUAUGGACUGAGAACGGAUCCUCGCAUGUUGGAGAGCGUGUUGUGUACGAGUACACAGAAACCCAAGUCCCAAGUCUGCGGCAAAUCGUUUGCUACAAGUCUGCAGCUUUUUUGUUUUUCCGGUGAUUGAUUAGUGAGAAGAAUGUCGUAGUUUACCUCCUGGCAAAAGUUUCAUCUACAACACUGUCUUCCUCUUCGUACGUUAUAUGUUCCAAAUGCAGAUAGAUUCUGACAGUGAUGGUCCACAAUCAAGUGGAUGUGAGUCAGAAUGGUCCCAGGCCACCGGCAUUGUUAUAAGCCUUGAGCCAUUUCUGAUAUUCUUGUUUUAGUGUUGGUGUGUUUUUUUGGUACACCAGUCUCUUGCACACGCUUUCUCAUUUAUAGAGUUUCAAGUUUUGGAGAUCUACAAUUCCAAGGAUCUUCGAACCCUUGGGAUCCUUAUUCCCAACACGAUGCAUGCGUGAUCUGGAAGACAUCGGGUUGCAUAUAGUAAAUUCCAUAUCAGUGCGGCGGUUCAUGUGAAGCUUCAGCUGGUCGAAGAAAUUCCCUCGAAGACCCCGCUCCGCACUCGAUGCACUAAUAUCGAGUGUGAAUCAUGAAAGUCUUCGUAAGAAAGGCAGCCUGCACUUUUUCCAGUUCAGGAGGACUUUCAAGGAUUCACCGGACCGGCCAGCUCAAAUGUCAUCAGCACGACAGCAAGCAAGCCAGUAGACCUUGAGCGUUCCAUGUUUUUCACACGCUCGACGACAUGGAGCCACUGAGCUCAUGCGCAUGCUGAUCAUGUUUGAGGGGCCAUCCCCAUCCAAGCUCCCCAAUUCUAAUCGUUUCCACCUUCGGAAGACUUCUCGCUCUCACAUCAUCCACUGAGCGCCACCUCCAGCUUGCCGGCCAGCGCACCGACUCAGGGUUUACACAAAAGAAAAAGCAAUCAGCAGAUGUCACAUGAAGGAAGCCUUGAUCACGCAUGAAGACUGGAGCAGGAUAACCUAGUCAUGAACAUUAACAACUGUGAAGCCAUGGAUGGUGGGAACGCACUCUCCUGUGCAUAGAGGUUUUACGGGAAUAUAGAGAGCCGGUUCGAUGGUGAUAACCUGCGAAUUGAGCAUCCACCAAAUUCAGCACUACAUGCAAGCUUCUUCAAUUCCUAUUUGCAAGAACGGAGGUGACAUGAGUGUUGUUUCACAAGGGUCCGUCGACCUUCGACUAUGAAGCUAACGGGCAGACCAUCAAGUUAUCAACAUGUUAGUUUCAACACCUGCUUGAGCAAUAUCGCAGCCGUCAAGCAGUUUCCAGCGGAGCCUAACUACAACACACGCAGAAAAGGAAAAACACGUACCACUCCUGGUUGAAGAGGGACGUCGAUAUUGAUACCUGCACAAUCAUGUACAUCCAUUCCAAGAUAAUGGCCUGCAUAACAGGGCAUACUAGAUUAAUAGAAGUCAUUGCAGAGGCUCCUGUUCUUAGUACUCUUGUGUAAAAUAAGAAAACACCCGUAACUAUCUAUAUACGGACUAUGUUGAACCACAAGACUGUAGUUGAGACUCUCACCAACUGCACUUGGGUUAAAGCUCCGGAAAGUACGCCCGAGAGUUUGAGUGUCAGUAACCAAACCAAGCUUUAGAAGUCCCCGAGAUAGCAUGAGACCCUACAAAACAUUUGCAAAAGUAAACAUUAUCCAACCGCAAUAACCUUAGCUCUGUAUACUCUUCAGACAAAAUAGUGAGGAGAGUAGAAGAUAUAAAACUAAAGGAACAGCAAGUAGUUACGUCUACUUUGUUGUAUCGUGAUAGUAAGAGUGGAACCUACCGACUUUAUAUGAAUCUCCCGAAGGGUGAUUCCCGGCUUACAAAGCUUGAAGCACUCUUUCAUCGUCUCCAGAACAAUCUCAUAAACUUCUCU